AAACGUGAGAUCAUCAUGGACGGGGACUUGGUGAUUGGAGGCUUGUUCCCCGUGCACGAAAAAGGUGAUGGGAUGGAGGACUGCGGUAAGAUCAAUGAGGAGAGGGGAAUCCAGAGACUGGAGGCCAUGCUGCUGGCACUCGAUGAGAUUAACUCCAGUGAUGACAUCCUUCCCGGACUCCGGCUGGGAGCCCACAUUCUCGACACCUGCUCGAAGGACACUUACGCUCUGGAGCAGUCCCUAGAUUUUGUAAGGGCCUCCCUAACCAAGGCGCAAGAUCCAGGCUUCAUCUGCCCCGACGGCUCCAGGCCCAUCCAGAACGAGGUUCCACUCGCCAUCUCCGGGGUCAUCGGAGGAUCUUACAGCGAUGUCUCCAUUCAGGUCGCGAACCUUCUGCGGCUGUUCCAGAUCCCACAGAUCAGCUAUGCUUCCACCAGCGCAAAGCUCAGUGACAAAUCCCGCUACGACUACUUUGCCCGCACCGUCCCUCCUGAUUUCUACCAGGCAAAAGCCAUGGUUGAGAUCCUGCGUUACUUCAACUGGACCUACGUCUCAACCGUAGCCUCAGAGGGAGACUACGGCGAGACUGGCAUCGAUGCCUUCCAGCAAGAGGCCCGCACUCGGCAAAUCUGCAUUGCCACUUCGGCCAAGGUGAGUCGCUCCAUGAACCGCCAGGGCUAUGACAAUGUGAUCCGCUCCCUGCAGCAAAAGUCCAACGCCAAAGUAGUCAUCCUAUUCACCCGCAGUGAAGACGCUCGGGAGCUGCUGGUGGCUGCCACUCGUAUGAAUGUCACCUUCACCUGGGUGGCCAGUGAUGGAUGGGGAGCGCAGGAGAGUGUGGUGAGGGGCAGCGAGAGCGCAGCAGAUGGUGCUUUCACCAUUGAACUGGCCUCCUACACAAUCAGGGAGUUUGAGGACUACUUCACCAAGCUGAACCCGUACACCAACACAAGGAACCCGUGGUUUAAAGAGUUCUGGGAGAACCACUUUGGCUGCAGCCUCCAGGAGCACGGCUGCAGUGAACGCAGCUUGCGAGACGGAAAGUUUGAGCAGGAGUCCAAGAUCAUGUUUGUGGUAAACGCGGUCUACGCCAUGGCCUACGCUCUGCACAACAUGAGGCAAGCUGUAUGCUCCAACACAUCCAAGGUCUGUGACGCCAUGAAACCAGGUAACGGCAAAAGGUUCUAUAAGGAAUUCAUCCUGAAGACCAAGUUUGAAGCUCCGUUCAGACCUGUAGACACAGAAAACAUGGUGCGCUUCAACCUGGUCGGUGACAGCAUCAGCCGCUACAACAUCUUUCAUUACCACAAGGAGGAGGGUAAGUUCAUCUACAGGAAGGUUGGCUACUGGGACCAUAACCUGACCCUGAACACCACCAUGGUGCCCUGGCGUGGUCUCGUACCGCCCACCUCCCAGUGCAGCGACCCCUGCAAGAAGAAUGAAAUAAAGAGCAUGCAGCCCGGAGAUGUGUGCUGCUGGAUCUGCAUCUCCUGUCAGCCCUACCAGUACCUGCAGGAUGAGUUCACCUGUGCUGACUGCAGCUCCGGUCAGUGGCCUCUGGGCAACUUGACUGGCUGCUACUAUCUGCCCGAGGACUACAUCCGCUGGGAGGAUGCCUGGGCUAUUGGGCCUGUUUCCAUCUCCUGCCUGGGUAUACUGUGCACUCUGUCAGUAGUGGUCCUGUUCUUCAAGCACAAUGACACACCCGUGGUUAAGGCAAGCGGACGUGAACUCUCUUAUAUCCUGCUGCUGGGAGUGUUGAUGUGCUACAGCAUGACCUUCAUCUAUAUCGCCAAACCUUCUACUGCGGUUUGCACUUUACGUCGACUCGGCCUGGGCACCUCGUUCGCAGUGUGUUACUCCGCCCUACUAACCAAAACCAACCGCAUCGCUCGCAUCUUCAGUGGGGUGAAGGACGGAGCCCAGCGGCCGCGCCUGAUCAGCCCGGGCUCCCAGGUAGCAAUCUGCGGCGUUCUUAUUUCCUGCCAGCUGCUCGUAGCCGUCAUCUGGUUGCUGGUGGAGGUGCCAGGGGUUCGGAAGGAGGUGGGUCCUGAGAGGAGAGACGUGGUCACCCUCAAGUGCAACAGCAGGGACUCCAGCAUGCUCAUGUCCCUCACCUACAACUGCAUCCUCAUCAUCCUCUGCACCGUCUACGCCUUCAAGACGCGGAAAUGCCCGGAAAACUUCAAUGAGGCCAAGUUCAUCGGCUUCACCAUGUACACCACCUGCAUCAUCUGGCUGGCGUUUCAGCCCAUCUUCUACGUCACUGCCAGCGACUACAGGGUGCAGACCACCACUAUGUGCAUCUCCGUCAGUCUGAGUGGCUCAGUGGUCCUCGGCUGCCUCUUCACCCCCAAGAUUCACAUCAUCCUGUUCCAGCCGCAGAAGAAUGUGACCACACUCAGAGCCACAGCCAACCGCUUCAGCGCCACAGUGUCCGCCACUGCCUCGGCCCCCAGCUCCAGCUACUCUAAAGGAUCAGCCUCUAACUACGUGCCAGCCGUUUGCAACGGGCGCGAGGUGGUGGACUCCACGACGUCCUCUUUGUGAGAAAGGUUUCCUCUCUAAACACAAGAGAGCACCCAGC